CUUUUCGAUUCGGUUAACGUGGGAAAGUUAUUUCUUAGAAAAAGAUAGUUCUUUCACGCCCAUUUUCUUCCAUUCAACAACUAAUCAGAAAAUUAAUUAAAAAACACAAAAAAUAAAAAAUUAUAGAUUUUGAGUAUCAGUAAAGUAGAAAAGUUGAAAGAAAGAGAGCGAGGGUUUAAUAUACAGGCCAAUAUAUUCUGACACAUAUAUAUAUAUAUAUAGAUAGAUAGUGAGAAUGAAUGAAGUUAAUGAAUGACUAGCUAAAAAAGAGAAAAAGUAAAAGAAAAAAAAAACGAAGAGUUUAGAGAGAGGAGAGAGGAGGAGGAUAAUAAGCUAUGGCUGCUGCUUUCGGCUAAGCUUCCUUAAACUGGCCUCGUCUAUGCCGUAUUGGGUAGUUAGGGUUUUGUUGUUUUGAGUACUCAACUUACAGUUCCAUUAAAUCAUUAUUUUAUUUUCCCAUAUCUAUAUAGGGAGAGAAAGUGGAGAGAGAGAGUCUAUGGCCAAAACCCCAAAAUUCUAGUUGUGAUCAUAAAUCUAAGCUCGACCCAAAAAUUAUAUUUCAUUUAUAUCUAUAUAUAUGAGUUUUGGAGAUCGCAAUAGUAGAGAAAUGUGGGAUCUAAACGGCUCGCCGGAAAAUAGAAACCAUGAUGAAUCAGAAGUGUGUUCUUCGCCGGUGGACGGCGAGGACGAGAAGGGUAAACGGGUCGGAUCUGCCUCGAAUUCGAGCUCGUCUGCGGUGGUAAUCGAGGAUGGUUCGGAGGAAGAAGGAGACCGGGUCCAAAGAAAACGGAGCAGCAAGAUAUUCGGGUUCUCCUUUAAUAACUGCUCGUCGGAGAGCGAUCCGCCGGUGACCCACCAGUUCUUUCCGGUGGACGAUCCAUCGGAGCCGGGUACAGCAGCAUCGGGCGGUAUCGGUGUCGGUGCAAGAGGAGCAGCAUGUUUUCCAAGAGCUCACUGGGUCGGAGUCAAAUUCUGCCAGUCGGAUCCUCGCAUCGGAGCUGCCGGAAAAUCCAUAGAGUUUUCGCAGCCUCUGAAGAAGAGCCGCCGUGGACCGAGGUCUCGAAGCUCACAAUACAGAGGUGUUACCUUUUACCGGAGAACCGGCCGGUGGGAGUCACAUAUAUGGGAUUGUGGAAAACAGGUUUAUUUGGGUGGAUUUGACACUGCACAAGCAGCUGCACGUGCAUAUGAUAGGGCAGCUAUCAAGUUUCGCGGAGUAGAGGCAGACAUAAAUUUUAGUCUUGAAGAUUAUGAGGAAGACUUGAAACAGAUGACUAACUUAACUAAAGAGGAAUUUGUGCAUGUACUGAGGAGACAAAGUACUGGUUUCCCAAGAGGAAGCUCCAAAUAUAGAGGUGUGACCUUGCACAAAUGUGGAAGAUGGGAGGCUAGAAUGGGCCAAUUCUUGGGCAAAAAGUAUGUGUAUUUAGGUCUCUUCGAUACUGAAAUUGAAGCUGCUAGGGCUUAUGACAAAGCUGCAAUAAAAUGUAAUGGCAAGGAUGCUGUCACCAAUUUUGAUCCCAGCAUUUACGAAAAUGAGCUCGAUUCUAAGGAAUGUGCUGAGAAUGGGAAUGGGAAUGAGGCAGGCCACAAUCUUGAUUUGAGCUUGGGCAGUUCAGCCUUGAAGCAAAAAAAUCACGGUUUUGGGAUUGACAUCCAAAAUGCAGCAAUGGAACAGCAUUCUUCAUCUAUGCCUUAUGAAUUUGAUUGGCGUAGCCGCGGAUUUAUGCCCAUGCAGCUUAAUAAGAGUGAUGUCCAAAGAAGAGAUGGAUACAAUGAGACUGAAACUUUGCACAUUCUUAGCCAAACACACCUUCACUCUCCAAGCUCAUUGAAGAGUACCCCUAAUGAAAUGCAAAGAUACGGGCAAUUUGCGAAAGCCAGUGAGCCCUAUAUGCUUCACAUGUAUCCACCUCAGUUCGGCUCAUCAAAUUAUCAGAUUCAAUUUCCAAGCAGCAGCAACGGAGGCCAAAUCAUCAAUGGAGGAGAGCUUUCUCUCUCUACAAGUAAUCAACAACCGCGUUCCAACCCGCCGCCCCAAUUGUUUGCAACUGCUGCAGCAUCAUCAGGAUUCUCACAGCAGAUAACUAGAAACCAAAACUGGCAACACAACAAUGGGUUCCAAUCUCUCAUGAGACCCUUAUAACCCUUUUUCAUUUUUGGCUCUACUUUGCCUAGCCUCCUCCCUCUUCUAAUAUAUGAAUAUAUAUAUAUAUAUAUAUCUCUCUCUCUCAAGGCUUUACAUGUUUGUGAGCAUGUAUAUUUCAAUGCUUUUCCUUUGAUCACUCCUUAAAUUCUAUCUAUCACAAACACUAGCCAUGUACAUAUAAACUAGAGUAAAUAGGAGGAAAGGAAAGGAAAGGUAAAAAAAUUUCAACUCUACAACUGAUCCAUAUUAUUUGGCUGUCAACUCUUAUUUACUACUGCACCCCAAUAUGUAUAACAAUAGUUAUUGUGGUUAUCUAGUGAAGUAGCGUGUUACAUUGUGACGUAAUGUGUUGCAUA